UUCACUUGUUCGGUCUCUAGAAAUCCCAUCAGAGUGAGCGCUCUUCCCGUCUCUAAUAUCUCCGCUGUGAGUGUAGUUAGUGUGUUUGUGGCUGUGUUAAUCAGAUCCGCAUGAAGCUGGAGCUGCUCGGUGUGAGUGCUGCUCAGCAGGGAAGUUUGGAGAGAAAAAAAAGUGUGACAGUUUCAUCUGCCCGCUCCAGCUGUGGCUCCCGGGCCCGGAGGACCGAGCGGACGAACCGGGACUCCGGUCGUUAAAUUCAGCCGCUGAGCGGUCCGAGCUGCCGCUGGAUGGAAGCGGAAAACCCGCCCUGCUCUAAGAGAUGCUGCCAGUGAAAACAGCAAAGAGAAGCUACAGAUCUGCAGCGUUUCAACGUUGUUUUCCGGCUUCUGUCGUCGCUUGCAACGCAGUUCACAGUUUCAGCCAGCAGGAGGCCUGAGGAUCGAACUGUUAUAAAACUCUUUAAAGCUGAACUUUCCAGGAUCUUUUAAUUCAGAGAUUUUUUUUUGGUUUAUUUCUACCUCAGAGAUGCUCGGCAGUGAGAGGAAACCUUCCUUGCAGGAUUUUAACAGCGAGAAAUGUGAAUUGAGGCAAAAGAAGGGACAGAAAACGCUCGGCUGACGAACAAACCUGAGCAGUCGGACGCUCUUUUUGGAUGUUGCUCGCCCACGACGCCUUUUUACUUCCAGGACGACGUUAUAGAUAGCAGCCAAUGUCGGCCGAUAAUAGCCCGCCGCCGCCGGCCUCGCCGCGGGGUCAACCCAUCCUCCCUCAGCAUACGGUCCCGCCCACGCCGUCGCCAAGCCCUCCCGCCACCAUCUGCAGCCAGCUGUCCAACGGCAGCCAGACGGCGCCCAGCCCCACUAACUCACGGAGCUCCAUCCACGGCGUCUCCUUCCUGCUCCAGAUCGGACUCACCAGGGAGACGGUCACCCUCGACCCCGGCGACCUCUCGCUGUCCGCCGUCAGAGAGCUCGUCUGCUCCAUCGUGGAUCAGAAGUUCCCUGAAUGUGGAUUUUUCGGGAUGUACGACAAGAUCCUCCUCUUCCGCCAUGACCUGAACUCGGACAACAUCCUGCAGCGUCUGACCUCACCAGAGGAGAUCCACGAGGGCGACCUGGUCGAGGUGGUGCUCUCCGCUCUCGCCACAGCCGAGGACUUCCAGAUCAGGCCUCACACGCUGUACGUCCACUCCUACAAGGCCCCGGCUUUCUGCGAUGACUGCGGGGAGAUGCUGUGGGGGCUCGUCCGCCAGGGCCUCAAAUGUGAAGGAUGUGGACUGAACUAUCACAAACGGUGUGCGUUCAAGAUCCCCAACAACUGCAGCGGGGUGAAGAAGAGGCGGCUGUCCAACGUUUCCCUGUCGGGCGCCGUCCUGUCCGUCGCUCGUCCACCUUCCACUGAGUUCGCCCCGACGCCGCAGGAGGAGCAGCGCCCCCUCCUGGGCGCCGGGAAGCGUAACUCCCUGCUGAGCGGUCGUCCCAUCUGGAUGGAGAAGAUGGUCCUGGGUCGGGUCAAAGUCCCUCACACCUUCUCCGUUCACACCUACACUCGUCCCACCAUCUGCCAGUACUGCAAACGCCUGCUGAAGGGCCUCUUCCGCCAGGGGAUGCAGUGCAAAGAUUGUAAAUUUAACUGCCAUAAGAGAUGUGCGGCCAAAGUUCCCAGAGACUGCCUCGGUGAGGUCGACUUUAACGGAGAGCCGGCCAGUCCCAGUCUGGACUCCGAGGCGACCAUGGAGGUGGACAACUGUGACGUCAACAGCGACGGCGGCCACAGCAUGGACGAGCAGGACGAGCCGUCCACGCCCGACGACAAGCUCUUCUUUAUCGAGGGUUCCUGCAUGGACGGCGAGAAAGACGACGAGACGCUCCGAGCCAUCAGCCCGUCCACCAGCAGUAACAUCCCUCUGAUGCGUGUGGUUCAGUCCAUCAAACACACCAAGAGGAAAAGCUCCACAAUGGUUAAAGAGGGCUGGAUGGUGCACUACACCAGCCGGGACAACCUGAGGAAGAGACAUUACUGGAGGCUGGACAGCAAGAGUCUGACUCUGUUUCAGAAUGAAAGCGGAGCCAAGUAUUACAAGGAGAUCCCCUUGUCGGAGAUCCUGCAGGUGGAGCCGGCGCAGGACUUUGGCAGCCUGGCUCAGGGCAGCAACCCGCACUGCUUCGAGGUGAUCACGGCCAACAUGGUGUACUAUGUCGGGGAGGACAACGGCGGCCUGUACCACAACCCAGUCCUGGCGGCGUCCGGUGUGGGGCGGGACGUGGGCCAGAGCUGGGAGAAGGCCAUCCGGCAGGCGAUGAUGCCCGUCACACCCAAGGCCAGCGUCGGCACCGGGCCCGGCCAGGGGAAGGACCACAAGGAACUCUCCAUCAGCAUAUCAGUGUCCAACUCCCAGAUACAAGAAAACGUGGAUAUCAGUUCAGUGUAUCAGAUCUUUGCUGACGAGGUUCUCGGAUCCGGACAGUUUGGGAUUGUCUACGGAGGUAAACACAGAAAGACCGGCAGAGAUGUGGCGAUCAAAAUCAUUGACAAAAUGAGGUUUCCCACCAAGCAGGAGAGCCAGCUGAGGAACGAGGUGGCCAUCCUCCAGAACCUCCACCACCCCGGGAUCGUUAACCUGGAGUGCAUGUUCGAGACCCCCGAGCAGGUGUUCGUCGUCAUGGAGAAGCUUCACGGCGACAUGUUGGAGAUGAUUUUAUCCAGCGAGAGGAGCCGGCUGCCUGAACGCCUCACCAAGUUCCUGGUCACACAGAUCCUGGUGGCCCUCAGACAUCUUCACUUCAAGAACAUCGUCCACUGUGAUCUGAAGCCCGAGAACGUUCUCCUGGCCUCAGCAGAACCCUUCCCUCAGGUGAAGCUGUGUGACUUCGGCUUCGCUCGUAUCAUCGGGGAGAAGUCCUUCCGUCGCUCUGUCGUCGGCACUCCGGCGUAUUUGGCGCCUGAGGUUCUCCGCAGCAAAGGCUACAACCGUUCUCUGGACAUGUGGUCGGUCGGCGUCAUCAUCUACGUCAGUCUGAGCGGGACGUUUCCCUUCAACGAGGACGAAGACAUCAACGACCAGAUCCAGAACGCUGCCUUCAUGUACCCUGCCAACCCCUGGAAGGAGAUCUCAGAGGAGGCGACAGACCUGAUUAAUAACCUGCUGCAGGUGAAGAUGAGGAAGCGCUACAGUGUGGACAAGUCACUGAGCCACCCCUGGCUGCAGGACUACCAGACCUGGCUGGACCUCAGGGAGUUCGAGACGCGGCGCGGCGAGCGCUACAUCACCCACGAAAGCGACGACGCCCGCUGGGAGGAGUACGCCGACGAGAGAGGCCUGCACUACCCCAAACACUUCAUCAUGUCGCCCAACCUGGACGACAUGGAGGAGGACCCCUAGUGGCGUCACAGGGCCAAAAUUUCUUACAAAGCAAACCUGAGGAAGUCCCCAUGUGGUCGCAGCGGAUGCCCUGUAGUCCCUGGAAACUGUCACCGUGGAGACCGUAAGCUCUACGUAACGCGGCGCGGGAUGAUGUGCGAGGGCGCCGUCGGUCAGGCAGCUGUGUGAGGACACUGUGACAAGCUCACUGCGGCGAUAAUUCAGGUCCCAGAGAAAUUUUUAACACAUUUGACCUUUUUCCUAUUUCACUGCCUUUUUCUACAAGCCAUAACCAACAGACCCUGUGAGAUUUGUUCCCAGAAUUCAACAUUUUGUCUCGUGAAUAAACAUCUGCACUGCCAGUUAAGCCGCAGAAGGGCUAGCUAAAAACCAAUCCAGAGAAUUAAUAUUCUUUCAGCUCAAAUAGCAUAUUUUUAUUACGUCAUUCUUACAUAAAGCUGUGUAGAAGAAGAGAUGUUAAUGUUGUUAUGUGACGUUUACUGGAACACAGAAGAAACAAACAUGUUAUGUCUUGAAUAUGUACUGAGUAUAAUUUCUUUAGUUGUUUCUUGUUGGGAUGUCUUUGCACUAUUGGGAAACUCUUUUAAAAGGGGAAUUUUACUGAUAAUAACUUCUGGUUUGUUCAUCUGCAAAAAGUAAACUUCAUCCUUAAAAGGGGGACAUAUUCUGCUUUUGUGAUAUUCUGUUAUUUAUAUAUUUUUAUGACGUUGGAUGUUAAACAUGGUCACAGUUCCGACACUCGAGGUUAACAUUAUGUAGAAAUGAUGCCUGCAAGUCAAAAUCCAGGGCUUCAGCCUGCUCUGAACAAAGUUACCUCUACUUCCUCCUCGUAAUUAUGUCACCGUCUGGUCUGUAGAUUAUGUUGCUAAGGUUGUUGCUAAGGCCAUAAGUCAGUAAACCAAUCAGAACAGAGUGGGCUCAUCAGGUGGGGAGUC